AUUUCAUUUAAUUAGUUCCUUGUUCUGUUGGACACUGUAUGGCACAAUUACAUGUAUCAUACAUGAAAGUUUUUCUUAUAUUUUACCAGUGGGGUUUAGUUUCCUUGUUUCCCAGAAAUUUGUUCACAAACUGGCUAGGGAAAGUGAAGUAAUGAAAUAUAUGUGCAGUUUCCUGUGAUGCUUUGAAUCUUAAACUAGGAUAGUCCCUUUAUUGAAGCGGAAUUAUUCCACACUUAUGAAUUACUUUAAAGCACCAAUAAUCGAAUGAUCUGAUAUAGUGUGGGAGAUAAUCAUCAGUAGAAUAUAAAACAUCUCUAGUUAAUCACAUUGUUCACAUUCUUCUUCACAUGGGAGAAGAAUUCCAUUGAUUUGGCAUUUAACACAAUGGAGAUCACGAACUUAACCCCAUGAUUACGAUCUUUCAAAACAGACGUCAUCACCCGAGCCAGGAUCUAGAGUAAGAUGUCUUUAUAGCAUGCAGUGAAAACCUGGCAAGAUCCCCCCCACUGGUUACCUUGGUAACAACAUGUGAUGUUCAAAUUCAGCAGAUCGGGGGAUGGCACUGAGAAAUCUUGUUUGCUUUCCGGCAUUGAUUAAUGUUCUAAAGAAAUAGCAGAAAUACUUCAUGUUUGAUUUCAUCAUUUGUGUUUGGGGCUAUCAACUACUACAACAACUGUAUGCCUUUGCAUUAUACCUGGUAAUUCUAUAUGUUUCCUGAGUGUGUCGUUUGAUGACACUGUAUUUGAACACAUGUUCUGCUGAUUUAUGUUGCCUUCGUCUGACCGUACUUGCGCAAAAAGCUCACCUUUUGAUCGGAUGUCAACAAUUCGUGCCAAAGAAAACCGUGCUGCCAACAAGAUGGCUCGUCGCAGCAGCUAUUUCAUGAAGCGAAUGAAGCCACGAUCUCAUUCCUUGGAUUUAACUGUACUACAACGUUCUGGGAUACCCAUUGCAUCUGUCCAUCGAGACGCGGAUAGUGACGCUGAGACAGACAUAAGAUUUUCUUCUGGCCUGCCUCACCGACCAGAUAGUUUUAAGAAAGCAAUCUCUAAAUCCAAUGCAUACGCAAACCAGCUUCAUGGGUUCCCUUCACAUCACCUUCCAGCCCAGCGUGACUACACAGCAACAGAGAAGGAGAUUCGGACCACUGUCGAUUGGAGUGAGAACGCCAUCAGCGGUGACCAUAUAUGGACGGAGACGAACGCUUCGGGCGACUUCUGUUACGUCGGUGAGCAAGAUUGCUUGGUAAGUCAGUACUGGAAAACUGGAUCAAGAAGGAAAUGUGCGGCCUGCAAGAUCAUCGUUCACACAGCAUGUAUGCUCCAACUGGAGAGAAUAAACUUCAAGUGUAAGCCAACCUUUCGGGAUGCAGGCAUCCGUAACUACCGAGAGAACCAAGUGGUGCGUCACCACUGGGUCCAUCGGAGACGUCAGGACGGCAAGUGCAAACAGUGUGGCAAGAGCUUCCAACAGAAGCUAUUCCAACAGAAAGAAAUCAUAGCAAUCAGCUGCUCGUGGUGUAAAGUGGCUUAUCACAACAAAGUAGCGUGCUUUAUGAUGCAACAGAUUGAAGAACCUUGUUCAUUAGGGAUACAUGCUGGUAUUAUCAUCCCUCCAUCUUGGAUUAUAAGACUUCCAAAACAGAGAAUACAGGGAUCCUUCAAGUCAUCCCAGAGGAAGAAGAAAAGACCAUCCUUCAAACGGAAGUCAAUUACCAAAAAGGAGGAAGGAAAGAUGAGGCCUUUCAUCAUCAAGCCUAUUCCAUCACCGAUGAUGAAACCGGUCCUUGUCUUCAUCAAUCCAAAGAGUGGCGGGAAUCAGGGGGCAAAGUUGAUGUCCAAGUUCCAAUGGCUACUGAACCCAAGACAGGUGUUUGACUUGUCACAAGGUGGACCAAAAGAAGGCCUGGAGAUUUUUAGGAAGGUUCCUAAUCUACGGAUUUUGGCAUGUGGAGGUGACGGAACAGUGGGCUGGAUUCUUUCUGAAAUUGACAAAUUAAAAUUCAAGCCGUUUCCUCCGGUGUCUGUUCUACCUCUCGGAACUGGUAAUGACCUUGCUAGAACAACGAACUGGGGAAGGGGCUACACUGAUGAACCAAUAUCCAAGAUACUUACACAAGUAGAAGAAGGGCCUGUCACACAGCUAGACAGAUGGAAUUUGACUGUGGACAAAAACCCUGACGUUGAACUUACCAAAGAGGACAGAGAAGCAGAUAAUAGUGGACCACUCGAUGUAUUCAAUAAUUACUUUAGCCUUGGAGCAGAUGCAAGAACUGUCUUGGAUUUCCACGAAUCAAGGGAGGCUAAUCCAGAGAAGUUUAACAGCCGAUUCCGCAACAGAAUGUACUACGCAAGAGCAGGAGGCACUGAUCUCCUGAAACGGACGUCCAAAGAUCUGACAAAACAGAUCACCUUAGAGUGUGAUGGUGUAGACUACACAAGCAGAAUACAGGAACUCAAACUUCACUGUAUAGUAUUCCUCAAUAUACCAAAAUAUGGAGGCGGGACCACACCUUGGGGGAAUCCAAGUGUACAUACAUUUGAGCAGCAGAGGCAUGACGAUGGUUUCUUUGAAGUUAUAGGCUUCACUCCAUCACAAAUUGCGGCGCUGUAUGUCGGAGGACACGGAGAGCGAAUCUGCCAGUGUAGAGAGGCCAAAGUCAUCACCAAUGCAAUGAUCCCUGUACAAGUAGAUGGGGAGCCGUGCCGUCUAGCACCAAGUAUAAUCACGGUCAAUGUGCGGAACCAGGCAAAUAUUGUGCUGAAACCAAAGAGACGAGGCUCAAUGCCAAUCAAUACAGAUACACCGUUGUCUAACGACAGACUGAGAAUUCAAGUGAGUCGUAUCAGCAUGCAUGAUUAUGAGAGACUCAACUAUGACAAGGAAAAACUCAAGAAAGCUUCUGUGCCUCUAGGUAUCAUCGUUGUAGACAGUGAUAGUAAUUUAGAGCACAUCCGAGCCCACAUAGAUCGACUACUGGAAGUUUACAUCCUUCAAGAUUCCAACGCCAAUGGCUCCGCCUCUAGCCUGUCCCCUACAUGGUGCUUCCUUGACUCAACCACAGCGGACCGCUUCUUCAGAAUCGAUCGCUCCCAGGAACAUCUUCACUACAUCACCGAUAUCUCAUCAGACGACCUCUACGUCUUGGACCCCGAGAGAACCAAACCCUCAAACCUCUCCCCAGAGAGUAAAUCAGGCUCCAUGCCUGACCUCUUGGUACAGCAGGAAGUCUUGGGAGCAGCCAAUCGUACCCCAUCACCAAUCCUCAAGUUACCACAGACACAUAGUGCCACUCAACUGCUCCAGGCAAGGAGCGAUAGUACAGACCAAGACGAACUGCCCAACUUACCUGAAGGUGCUAUUGGCAUCCUUUCGGAGAACACUAACUUUGAUAUUGAGUACCAGCCAGCGACAAGCAGCAGCUGUGAGGCGAUAGUAUCCAACAGUUCCCCACAGCCACCUAGGAGGGAUACGCUGUGUGUGUCUGACACAGCACAUCUCAAUCCGCUAGACAAGACUCUGAUGGACGUAUCAAAGCGAGGUGAUGUAGCUAAGUUCUCUGAGUUACACAGGAAAGGGGCGUACCUUAUGACGGUAGAUCAACAUGGGAUGAAUGCCUUACACCAUGCAGCCAGAUUCGGUCAUAAGGAUAUCGUUCAAUACCUUAUUGAGAAUGCGCCUGUGAGCAUCCUGGAUGCUGUAGACUUUGAGAAGAAUCAGACGGCACUCCACAAGGCAGCCUGGUACAUGCGCCGUACCAUCUGCGCAAUGCUCGUUGAAGCUGGCGCAUCGCUCACCAAGACAGACUACCAGGGUAACACUCCACGCCUCCAGGCACUCAAGGCAGACGAUCACGAACUCGCCAGUUACCUAGAAAGUAAGAGUCUAGACCGGUCCUCAUCUUCCCCGGAUGUAUAAACGCCGGCAGGCAGCGCGCAACCGGUUAACGGUUCUCAGGUCGAGAACGAUAUCAAUUGAUGCUAUCCGAAGACCAUGAAACAGCUGUAUAGGAGAGGUCACUCAAAGGUCAAAUACAACACACUGCAGUCAUGGCCUUGGAAGUUACCUGUUAAUAAUGAGUUUGGGUUAGAGUAAGUGGCUAAUGACCCCCCCCCCCCCCCCAUCCUAGAUCCUCUCCCAGAAUUAAAAACAAAGAUUUUAUAUAUAUUUAGAUGCCUAUAUUGUAUCACAAUCAUGGACCAAAGUUAGCAUUCAAGAUGCAGAAACACCGAGUCCAAGAUUUUAAUCUUGGCAGUCACUGAACUUAUCAACCUCACUCACUACAAGGGAGAGGAACGAGUCAUCAGUAGUUUGAGUAGCUGCUUCCUGCACAAAAGGAGAAGAACAAUGAACGCUGUGUCUUCAGGCGCCCUCUAUUGGUGUGAUAAAGCCAGGGUGCGGAUAUUAUGUCAGUCUUUUGAACACUGCUCGUCUGUUUUGUUAGACUAUGAUUGGAAGUCAAUUGUUUCCAUCAGUCAUUAGUUCACAGAUUACAUGAGUUCUGGACGAUUUUGUUUUUCUCAAAAAUUUGGAAGGUCAAUGUACGUCCAUGUACAUAUUGUGUAAAGUCAAUUGAUAUCACACAAUGCCUUCAGAAAGUUGAAUUGCAAGGCUGGCUUCGCUAUUAAAAUGGUGGUUUGAAUGUACCCCAUUAUACCUUAUCCUCAUCCAGGCAGAGGGCAGCACAGCUCAGUAGACUUGUAGCAAGUCUAUUAGACCCAGCGUGAUUCUGUGCAUUAUUGCUUUUUGGUCAAUGGCGGAAGGCACAAGUGUUAUGAAUCAUAGACUUCCUGUAGUCACCUUGGCAUUAUAGUCUGACAAGAAGUUUAUAAAACCCCAUAAUUUCCAUCAACUCAAACGAUGACUGAGUGAAUAAUAAGUUAGUGUCCUUGCUUGCAGCUGUUUUAGUUAAUUUUGUCUAAUGAAACUGUUUUUAUGCUAAUUUCGACCUGCUCAAAUUAGGACUGUUGCCAACUGGAGUUAAUUCAAAUCAACAAAGAGGAUUGAAGAAGUCGAUAAAAAGAACAGUGAUAGCUAGUCUAACAUGUGUCUGGCACACUGACUGCUUAUUAGCAUUUGACAACCACAUCUUUAAAAAGAGCCAGCCUAAUUUGGCAACAGCCUAAGUCUCGAUUUGGAAAAAAUGGGCAACCCAUAUGGCUUAUUUUUGGAGGAAUAAUUUUAAAUAAUGUUGGGUUAAUAGAUUAAUGUGCAAUUGUGUGUUUUGCAGGGAAGUUGUUUUAACUGUACGCAUUUUCUUUUUAAAGAUGAAACAUCGGAGUAGAAUGAAAGAACUUCAGGGGAGUAUUUUGCCACAUGUAAAAAAGCAGAUAAGAGAAACAAUUGAGGUUUAAGGAAAGAAGCGGAAAUUUUCUUAUGUUUAUAGAAUCUGGGUGAUGUUCUGAGUAGUCUCAGACCCUGCCUUGUGAUUCCCAUUGUCUGUGUAAAAAGAUAAAACCUUGAGGAAACCAUGAAAAAUCAGUUACUCCCCCCCAAAUCCUUGUUUCAAUUUUCUUUGAUUUGUUUUCAUUACGAUGCAGGCUUUCAACUGAAUAUAGAGAAAGCAGUUUAUUUUCAAGAAUUAAUUUCUAUCAAAUAAUUUUUUAACUUAUUAUUAACUACACUGAAAAUGUCAUUAGUUUUUUUUUAUUAUUGCCGUUUCAUAUUGAUUUACAACUGUUUUAAUUUGAAAUUUUAAAGGAUUCUAUUUUUAAUUUCGUUGCACCAUUGAUGUUUUGAAAACCACUUGUUGACCUAUAAAUACUAAAUUACAAAAUGUCUUCUGCCUUAGCAUAAAUGAUACCUAAAAUUGGAGAUACAUUUUAUUCAGUAUUCAUUUACUUUUAUUAGAUGAAGGAGGACAUUUAUAAUGGUAUUGUUAUUCAUUUUGAUGAUAUAUAUUUAUAAAUAUAUUUAUUUAUUUGAAUCUUACUGUCAUAACUUUGAAAUUCUGUAUCUCAAAGAAAAAUUAUGAUACAUCCAAACUGUGUGUACAAACCCCUUGCCACACACACAAUAAUCCAUAGACAAAAUGUUUGAAUUGUAAGUGUAGCAGGAAUUUAAGUAUAAAUUAACAAUGAUCUUUUUCAGAUUUUUCAAUUUCUAUUGAAUGUCCAACUAGCUGGUGCUAACAUUCAUACAUUAAGGAUCUCUUGUAAUAAUGCAAUUGUGUUAUUUUAAUGAGUGGUCAAAACAUACAAAGUGUUCUUUUAAACAUGUUAUAAAAUCCGUACUGUGCUGGUCACAGGGAAAACAAAGAACAUUUGAAAUUAAAAUGUUGCUGAUUAUCUUGCUAGAUAUUUCACAUACCGGGGCGCAAUUUCAUGGCUCUACUUUUUUACCAUCCAAUUCUGCGCUUACGAUCACGAUGCCCCGCUUACGUGCUAGCGUCGAAUUUCUGUGCUAGCCUUGUAAGCAGAACCCAAAAUUCGCUGCUAUCCCGUGAAAUACGCUUGACAUAAGCAC